UAUAUUUUGCGGGUGUUUCGCGCGCGAGAGCGCGAAUUUUCGAAAUUACCUCGCGCAAGUGUGCUACAUAAAAAUGCGCGUCGGAAAAAAAGUUUAUAAUUUUGAUUUGAGUUCAACGAUUUUUCUAUAUUAAAAGAGAAUACUAAAAGAAGUCUCAUUUGUUAGAUUUUUGAUGAAAAAAUUAUCGUGAGAUUAUAUUUUCAAUUGAGUAUAAAACAUGAAUAGGACUGGUAAACUCGUGCUCUAAGGUUCUUUCGUGAAGGGCUCAUACCCAUCAUUUUUUAUGAUUUAAAAUUAGCAUUAAAAAAUUAUAUUUUUCGAGAGAAAAUAUGAGAUUUACCACGUUUUAUAAGGAAACUGACUGGAUAUGAAUAAACAGUAGCUUUUUUAAAUAUCAAAUGACAUAUGCCACACAUACGUAAAUGUUUAUCUAAAAAAGUAGAUUAUCUAAUUUAUGUAAAGAAUCCCACUAGAACUGCUCUAUGCGCCAUCUAUAUUCGAACCGCUCAACGACAGACAAAAAUAUUUUCGUCGAUGUUUCUAUACGUCACAUUUUAUUACACGUGCAAUCCUCUAAUCAGAGUCUAUCUCGUUCUCGUGAUCGCGAAUGAACAAACACGGCAAUCUAUAGUAGUUUUUAUACGAAUUGUAAUUUACAUCUCGCUUUUUAGUCACGGUAUCUAGUUUCAAUUGAGCUGAUAAAUAUUCUCUUUUUGGGUGUGUCUCUUUCCAAUGUCUUAGUGCUGUUAAUUUUUCAACUAUUUCUGACGAAUUAUCAUCGAGGGAGGCUCGUCAGUCAGUCAAGUGCUUGCACACCGAUGACAAUUCAUUAUUUUCCUUGUGUAAUUUAAUCUUAUCAAACCCGUCGUCGUCAUAAAUAGGAUUCGUUUGCAGCGUGAAACUUUAGUGCGUUUUAAAUUCUCCAAUCGAUAGUACAUAUCCGAAAAAUAAAAAAUAAAACAUUUGCAACAUGAGUGAAAACGAAACAAACACUCUCUUGAGUCGCGACGAUGUGCAGCAAGCCGUGCAUAAUGCCCUCGGAUCGGGCGCUCAAUUGGUCGAUUACAGUCUCAAAUCUAUGUCCGGCGAUAAAGUGGGAUUCGCCGGUGCGCAUCAAUUUUUGCAUAUCGAAGCGACGAGAAACGGUGAAAAAUCGACUCUUCGAUUGUUCGUGAAAACUCUACCGUACGACAUACCGGUGCAAGUGGCGAUGAUCGAAAAUUGCAAAUUGUUCGUGAAAGAGUCGAAAUUUUACGAAUCCGUGCUGCCGAAAUUGAUGGAGAGCAUCAAGGACAAACAUUGGAGUGCUCUGUGUUACUUGGCCAAAGAAUACGUGCUGAUCCUCGACAAUCUCAAGGACAAAAAUUUCGAAUUGAAGGGAAUGAGCUUGAGCGGUUUGCACAUGAAAUCGGCUAUCAAAACCUUGGCCCUCAUGCACGCGUCGGCCAUGAUCGCCGAGAAAAAAUUGGGCAAAUCCUUCCUCGAGCUGUAUCCGGAAGUCUUUCAAGAGGCAGUUUGGACGAGAACGACCAAGUUCUACGAUUGGUACACGUACGGAGUCGAGGCGGCGGUGGCGGUGGCCAAGAGGCACGGAUUGGACCACGCCCGCAUCGGCCGAGUCUGCGGCGCGGUGUUCGAAAAGGCCGCACCGUCGCGCGACGGCAAGUGGCGCAACGUCGUCUGUCACGGCGACACCUGGGCCUACAAUUGCCUGUUCGACGAAGCUGCUCCGCUGCCGAGAUGCGCACUGGUGGACUUUCAGAUGGUUCGCUACGCGCCCGCGACCUCCGACGUGGCCACUCUGCUUUACUUGGCCACCAGAAAAGACGAGAGGAGAAAGAUCGAAAAAGAUACGCUGCGACACUAUCACAAGGAGUUGUGCAGUGCUCUGCGAGAAAACGAGCCGACGAUCGAGCCACCGAGCCUCGAGUACAUCGUGGCAGAGUACGAGGACAUGAGACUCAUCGGUAUGGUGCACGCGAUGGUCGAUAGGCCUAUAACUCAGAUUCUCGAGAUCGAGAACUCCGACGAUAUGGACAGCGGGGAUGCGGGUAUGGGCAUCGUCUUCGGCAAACGAGACGAGUUGGUGAUGAAGCUCAUGGACGAACAUCCCGAUUACAAGGAUAUGGUGCUCGAGCUCAUUGGGGAAAUCAUCGAGUACGCGUGAACCGUCGUGUGAAUCGUUAACAAUCCAAGUGUAUUUUUGUAAUUGCAUAAUUGUAAUUAUUGGAACUUCAAAGUAUUUUGUACGCGGUUUAAUAAAUUUAUAAUAAUAUUGAAUCAUUAAACAAUUUUUAACGUUAAAAUUUAAACCUACUUUUACUCUAA